AUGUCUUCUUACACCCCGCGAGGCUUGUUGGCCUUGGCCGCUAUGGAUCUUCUUAUGGGAGCCCAAGCUGGUCUCGUUACCUGUGACAGCAGCACUGAAGUUCUGAGCUGCCACAACACGACUGCUGUCUCUGAUAUGUGCUGCUUCAACUACCCUGGUGGUUCCUUGCUCCAGGUUCAAUUCUGGGAUACUGACCCCUCUGUCGGUCCCACUGACUCGUGGACUAUUCACGGUCUCUGGCCCGACUACUGUGAUGGUGACUACGGUGAGGACUGUGACACCUCCCGCGAAGCCUCCGAUAUCGAGACCAUCCUCGAGGACCAGGAUCGUACCGAGCUACUCGAGUACAUGAACACAUACUGGCUCAGCGACGACGAGUCCGCGAAUGAGUUCUGGGCCCAUGAGUGGAACACGCACGGAACUUGCAUUAACACCAUUGAGCCGAGCUGCUACACCGAUUACACUGAUAACGAGGAAAUUGGUGACUUCUUCCAGCAGGUUGUUGAUCUGUUCAAGACUCUGGAUACGUACACGGCUCUGUCCGAUGCUGGAAUUACUCCUACCGAAGAUGCGACCUACACUCUUGCUGAGAUUCAGGAUGCCCUUGGUGAUAUCCACGGUGGAUACGAAGUUACUCUGCUGUGUGACGAUGAUUACCUUUACGAGGUGUACUAUUACUUCAAUGUUUAUGGUAGUGCUGUCAACGGUACCUACGAGCCUUCUACCCCUCUCGAGGACUCUGACUGCCCUACCAAGGGUAUUAAGUAUGUUCCCAAGAGCAGCAGCUCUAAGAAGGUCAAGAGGGCUGGAACUAGCCACCGUGGCCGUGGACGCAAGGCUUAG